AUGGUUGAUGAUGAAUCUAGGGUAAGUUGUGGAGCGCGCGUUCUUCUUGGCAAGUUCCGCAACCUGGAGCAUGAUCUGGAUGGUCUUCGUGAGCAGCUUGAUGAAGAGUGUGAAGCCAAGGCUGAUGCCAACCGCCAACUGUCCAAGGCUUAUGCAGAGGCUCAGAUGUGGCGCUCUAAGUAUGAAUCAGAGGGCGUUGCCCGUGCUGAAGAGAUUGAGGCUGCCCGCCUGAAACUUGCCGCUCGCCUCGAGGAAGCUGAGCUGCAGAUUGAACAACUCAAUGUCAAGAACAUGCAACUGGAGAAGGCCAAGGGACGCAUCAUUUCCGAAAUCGACGAGAUGCAGAUGCAGGUAGAGCGUGCCCAAGGUCUGGCUAAUGCUGCUGAGAGGAGGCAGAAGGACUUCGACAGAGUUGUUAAUGAGUGGAAGAUCAAGGUUGACCAACUGGCCACUGAACUUGAUGCUUCCCAGAAGGAAUGUCGCCAGUACUCCACUGAGCACUUCCGCAUUAAGGCCGUGUAUGAGGAAAACCUGGAACACCUGGACUCUGUUCGUCGUGAGAACAAGGGUCUCGCUGAGGAGAUCAAGGACCUGAUGGAGCAGAUCAGUGAGGGUGGCCGCUCUCUUCAUGAGAUUGAAAAGAACGCCAAGCGUUUCGAGAUCGAGAAGGAGGAGCUCCAGGCUGCUCUUGAGGAGGCCGAAGCUGCCCUUGAACAGGAAGAGAACAAGGUUCUUCGUGGUCAGCUGGAGCUGAGCCAAGUCAGGCAAGAGAUUGAUAAGCGCAUUCAGGAGAAGGAGGAAGAGUUUGAUGCUACUCGGUGAGUAUUAGUAAAUGUCUAGUACUUUA